AUGUCUGAGCUCCAAAGUGAAUACGCACCCAACAGCCUUUUCGCCCCAAUGGACGAUCUGCAGACAUACAUACUCAAUACCUGGGAUCUGAGGCACCCGCACGACUUCUUCACACCACCAUUCCCUUUUCUGGAAGAGUACAGAUUCUCGGACCCAUGGCUCAUGUUCGCCUUAUUUUCGCUUGCCAAAACAACCUCACUCGAUACGGCACGUGAGGCAUUGCAUGAAGUACUUACACGCGAUGAGCAUGAAGGUGAAGUCACGGCUAGGGAUGUCCAGGAGGCGCGAGAUUAUGUCAUCAAAAACAUGGAGCCAGAGGAUUUGCAAAGAUACAACAAUGUCACUGUACCGGGACUGAGAAGAGAUGAGCCGUCUAAGAAGUCCAGCGGGCAGGUCACCAAGUCGUUACCGGCCGCGAAGUAG